GCUGGAAAAGGUGGAGAACUCACACAUGAUGAGACAACAAUUAUUGCUGGAGCACUUGGGCUUACUGAGAAAACAGCCAGUGAUGCCAUGACUCCCAUAUCUGACACUUUUGCUGUUGAUAUCAAUGCCAAGCUUGACAGGGAGCUGAUGAAUUUAAUUUUGGAGAAAGGGCAUAGAAGAGUGCCAGUCUACUAUGAGCAACCUACAAACAUAAUUGGACUUGUUUUGCAAAUCACAGGCACAUUGUUAGAUCUCCAGUUCUAAUGCGGGAAUUGUGGCUUGAGAUGUGGCAUGAUAACUAUCCUGAUUCAAAAUCAAAAUUUGUUACAAAAGCUAAGCGUGACCUUUGAGGGAAGAUGACUGUUAUUGGGAUUAUGGAAAAGUUCGUUGUGCAUGGCCUGAGCAUUGUGAAUAUAGGUAUUUUUCUUACAUGUUUUUUAAUUAUUUUUUCGAAUAUUGUGGUCAUCAGUUUCCCUUAUUGCAUUAUGUACAGAUACGUUUUAUUUUGUGAAAGGGCUCCUAAAUUUUCUACUUUCAUUUGAAGAAAACUGUGAAGAGUUAUCUUACACAACAUCAAGUCAACAUUCACAAGGACCCAUAAUUAAUAUAUAUAUAUUCAGUGCUAAGAAAUGUUGACAACAGAUGAUGUUGAUAGCGCACUCAGCUUAAGAAAUGUUGAGGGAACAACCAGGAUUCUUCAGUUUUGGCUCAAUCUUCACAAGUAGAAACAAGAACGAUUAAAUUACAAUCAAUUUGCAAUUUAAGUGAUUAUUUCUUAUCGGAACGACUAAAUUACAAUCGAGGUGUCCUACCUCAAUUUGCUACAUGCUGAACUUUUGCUGUAGUGUUUCGAUUUCAAUGGUUCAUAUGAAGAAGGGGCUCAUGGUAAAGAGGUGGUAGCUGUUGGUGCUGCUUGUGCUUUCUUGCAUGUGACUUUUAACAUUUUACCCCUUGAGCGUGUUAUGACUGUACUAGCUUAUAGAACAGAGCUUGUUCCUGUAAUAUGGAAAUUCAUGAAGCGAUGCCAUGAGAAUCAGAUGUGGUCAGCAUUGUCUGGGCAAUUAUCAUAUCUGCCGGGAGAUGCACCUGGCUGGCUGUUACCUUUGUCAGUUUUCUGCCCUGUGUACAAGCACAUGCUUAUGAUAGUUGAUAAUGAGGAGUUUUAUGAGCAGGAGAAGCCACUGUCAAUAAAAGAUAUCAAAUGCUUAGUUGUUAUCUUAAGACAGGUAAUUUUUUUGUGGUUGUAGAAUCUUCAGGUGAACAUAUACAUAAAAAUGACACUUGGCAGUAUUUCAUAGUUUUGUUCAUGUAAUAGAAGUUUUUGCUGUACAUGUCAUGUAAGAUGGAAAGUCAUAUGGAC